CAGGGUUUUAACGCCAGUGACGGGAACGUGCUUAUGUGUUGUGAUGAACGUCGUAGUUGACUCUAAUAGCAGUCAGAAAUCAGGGGGCAUUUUCAUAGACCGCUCGGGAUUAUCUCCGUAGAUCGCUCCUCUCCACACGCGUCCAAUGAUACGAUGGAAAAUCUAGAGCUGAGCUUGUCAUCACUGGGUACCAUAUCCAGGCACGUUGAAAAAAGUCAUAACGAACUGAGCCGAUAUCUGUCAAAGCAGAUAUGGAGCCAGCAGGACAGGCAGCACAUUCUGGAGUUUUUGGCUCAGCUGCUGUUGGAGAAGGAUUAUACCUUGUUGAUUGCCCGCCACUUGAGACCACUAAUUCUGGACCUGCUGGAACGCAAUGCAGAAAGAGUCAAAACUGGUGGCAGGAUCAACCAUGACCUCCAUGAGCGCCUGUGUGUUGCCCUCAGCAGACUCCUUGGCAUCAGUCCUGAUGCACAGGCGUUUGCGACAAGGUACUUCAAUGAUGCACCUCCAGUGUUUCAGCGGCUCUUCUUCACCAGUGAAGAAUCGUCUGCUGUCCAGUAUGGCCCGCGGAGGAUGAAGAUGCGGGAUCUCAUGGGUGCCACCCUACGUUUCCUCCAAAGCGAUUGUGCCAAGUUUCGAAUGCUCUGGGACUGGAGUCCCUGUGUGUCCCAGUUGCUCACCAGUGAUGUCAUGGUCCGAGGGUACACAGCCCAGUGUUUGGCAAUGGUCUCUCGUAUGACUGAUAAUCAGAAAACCAUCUUCCUGAGGAAGGUUCUAUCAAGUGACGAGAUCCUGCACAUGAAAAUGAAGGCUUUGGAAGAAACUCAGCAGCUGGAGGUAGAAAAAGCCCUUGUUUUAGCCAAUCAAGGCUCCGUGUUGUGGCGCCAAGAGAAAACUAAUAAAUUUACCAGAGGCCAAGUGGUAUCAGAGGAUCUGUCUCAGAAUGUCGUGGCAGUCUGUGGUGUUGUUCUACCCAGGAUAGUUCCCAGGCAGGCAGAACAGGUGAACCCAAAGGACCUGGUGCUGGUGGACUCGAGCUGCCGUAAUCUGAGAAGACUGGCUUUGGCUGCGGCUUCCCAGAAACCUGUGCUCCUUGAGGGUCCUAUUGGAUGCGGAAAAACAUCCUUAGUAGAGUUUUUGGCUGCUGUCACUGGACAUACAAAAGCCACAGAAAUCCUAAAGGUUCAGCUUGGGGAUCAAACUGACAGCAAGAUGCUACUUGGGAUGUACCGUUGUACUGAUAUACCAGGGAAGUUUGUGUGGCAGCCAGGAACACUGACACAAGCUGUGUCUAAAGGCCAGUGGAUCCUCUUGGAGGACAUUGACCAUGCGCCAUUGGAUGUGAUAUCUGUGCUCCUGCCUUUGAUGGAGAAUAAGAAGCUGAUGAUUCCUGGAAGGGAGGACUGCAUCGACGUUGCUCCUGGUUUUCAGUUCUUUGCAACGAGAAGGGUGUACUUCAGAGCUGGUAGUUGGCACAAAGCACAGAGCUCCCAUGCAGCCCUGCUGGACAAAUACUGGACCAAGCUGCAGAUGCUCAACAUGACACGAGAAGAGCUGAAGAAGGUGCUCAUCAGCAGGUAUCCCAGGCUGGCUGUGGUAGCAGACCGUCUGCUAGAUAUCUACUGCCAGCUGACUGGGGAGAGAUAUUCUGAUCUGGACACAAGCAGCCUCCAAAACCCAGAUGUCCUGCAGAACAAGUCUGAGGACAAAAGCACAAUGCUGGAGGGGAGAGCUCUGUCACUGAGAGACCUCCUGAAAUGGUGUGAGCGGAUCAGUGUCAACUUUGACAGCACCUCAUCUGCAACAGCACAACAUGUCUUCCAAGAGGCUCUCGACUGCUUCACAGCUAUGCUUUCUCGACCUGAAAAUCGUCUGCGAAUGGCUGAGAUCAUCGGUGUCAAACUCAACAUCUCCAAAGAAAAGGCCCAGCACUUCUGUCAGAUGUAUCAGCCUGGCAUCUCACUGACUGAGAUGGAGGCCACGGUGGGAAGAGUGACUCUGUGUCGAAAGCAGACCGAAGCAGUGCAGCUCAGUUUGGAUAACCAGACCUUUGCUGCCACGCGACCCUCUGCUGUGCUGCUGGAACAGCUAGCAAUGUGUGUGGGCAAGGCAGAACCUGUCCUCCUGGUGGGAGAGACAGGAACUGGAAAGACCUCCACUGUACAACACCUGGCCAGAAUCACAGGACAUAGGCUGCGGGUUGUGAACAUGAACCAGCAGAGUGAUACCGCCGACCUCCUCGGAGGGUACAAGCCAGUAGACCACAAGCAGAUCCUGCUCCCUCUGCGGGAGGCCUUUGAGGACCUGUUCUCCCAGACGUACUCGAGGAAGCAGAACCUGACUUUCCUGGGUCACGUGCAGACUUGCUUCAGGGGCAAACGCUGGCAGGAUCUUCUCAAGCUCAUGGACCAUGUUUGCAAGUCUGCCCUCGCGAAGGAGCUGCAAGACAAAUCAAAUGCUGCUGUGCUGCAGGAGCAGUGGGAGGCACUGGCUUCAAAACUGAGUCAGACCCAGCAGCAGAUCCGAGCCUGCGAGACUGCUAUGGUCUUUGCCUUUGUGGAGGGAACAUUAGCCCAGGCCGUGAAGAAGGGCCACUGGAUCCUUCUGGAUGAGAUCAACCUGGCUGCAGCAGAGACCCUGGAGUGUCUGAGUGGACUGCUUGAAGGAAGUGCCGGAUCUCUGGUGUUGCUGGAUCGUGGAGACACUGAGCCACUGGUCCGCCACCCAGACUUUCGUCUGUUUGCUUGCAUGAAUCCAGCUACAGAUGUGGGCAAAAGGAACUUGCCCCUGGGCCUCAGAAAUAGGUUUACCGAGCUUUAUGUAGAUGAGCUGGAGAAUGAAGGAGACCUGCGGAUCCUUGUCUCAGACUACCUCAAAUGCUUGCACCCACACAGGAAUAUCAUCAGUGGCAUUAUAAGUUUUUACCUGGCAGUACGAAGAGAAGCCAACUCCCGCCUGUUGGAUGGGACUGGCCACAGACCCCACUACAGCCUGAGGACGUUGUGCAGGGCUCUGAAAUACGUGGCCGCAAACCCCUGCAACAACGUGCAGCGCUCACUCUACGAGGGUUUCUGCAUGAGCUUCCUGACUCAGCUGGACAGAAGCUCUCACCCUCUUGUCCAGAAAUUGGUGUGUCAGCAUAUCCUGAUGGGCAACAGCAAAUGUCUCAAACAUCCCAUCCAGGCACCCCCGGGCCAGUCUUGUGUGGAGAUGGAGGGCUACUGGGUGUCCCAAGGGGAGAUGGAACCAGCACUGGACCCCAGCUACAUCCUUACUGCCUCGGUCAAGCUUAACCUUCACGACCUGGCCAGAGUGGUAUCUGCAGGGACUCAUCCGGUGCUGAUCCAGGGCGAGACGUCUGUGGGGAAGACCAGCCUGAUCCGCUGGCUGGCGGCAGCGACGGGUAACCAGUGUGUGAGAAUCAACAACCAUGAGCAUACUGACAUCCAGGAGUACAUCGGGUGCUACUCAUCAGACGACAGGGGCAAGCUGGUCUUCAAAGAAGGGGUUUUGAUCGAUGCCAUGAGGAAAGGAUACUGGAUCAUUCUGGAUGAGCUGAACCUCGCCCCCACUGACGUCCUUGAAGCUCUCAACAGACUGCUGGAUGACAACAGGGAGCUGUUUGUGGCAGAAACUCAGGAAGUCAUCAAAGCUCACCCCAGAUUCAUGCUGUUCGCUACCCAGAAUCCUCCUGGUCUGUACGGUGGCAGAAAGGUGCUCUCCAGGGCUUUCAGGAACCGCUUUGUGGAACUGCACUUUGAUGAGCUGCCCAGUGCAGAGCUGGAAACAAUCCUCCAUCAGAGAUGUAGCCUGCCUCCGUCCUACUGCACUAAGCUGGUCAAGGUCAUGCAGGACCUUCAGUCUCUCCGGAGAGGGUCCUCGGUGUUCGCGGGGAAGCAUGGCUUCAUCACCCUCAGAGAUCUGUUCCGCUGGGCAGAGCGCUACAGGCUGGAGGAGCAGACAGAGGCCUCUCGAGACUGGCUCCAGCAUUUAGCAGAUGAUGGCUACAUGCUGCUGGCAGGACGCGUGAGGAAGCCAGAGGAAGAGGCUACCAUCCUAUCCAUCCUGGAGAAGCACUUCAAGAGGACGGUUAACCCUGAAAACCUGUUUUCUCAGAAACAGGUCACCAGCCAGUUUAGUCCCUUCAUCGACAGCAUCGCUGGAGUCCCGGAGGAGUUCCGCCACGUGGUGUGGACGCAGAGCAUGAGGAGACAGGCCGUGCUGGUAGGACGGGCACUGCGAUUCGGCGAGUCAGUCCUACUCGUAGGAGACACAGGAUGUGGAAAGACUACUAUCUGUCAGCUGUUUGCGGCUUUGACUGGACAGAAAUUCUUCUCGGUCAAUUGUCACCUGCACAUGGAAACAUCUGACUUCCUGGGAGGCCUGAGACCCAUCAGACACACAAAUCAGGCUACUGGUGAGGACAACCGGCUGUUUCAGUGGCAUGAUGGGCCCUUGGUGUUGGCCAUGAAGGAGGGAGGAGUGUUUCUCAUGGAUGAGAUCUCCCUGGCAGAUGACUCAGUUCUGGAAAGGCUCAAUAGUGUUUUAGAGACAGAGAAGUCCCUUGUGCUGGCAGAGAAGGGCAGCGGGGACAACGACGACGUAGAGCUCAUCAGAGCGGCCACAGGUUUCCGUCUGGUCGCCACCAUGAACCCUGGAGGAGACUACGGCAAGAAGGAGCUCUCUCCAGCCCUCAGGAACCGUUUUACCGAGAUCUGGUGCCCUCAGAGCAACAGCCGCAGCGACCUGAUUCAAAUCAUCCAACACAAUCUGCGGCCAGGCCUCUCAUUUGAUGGUGGUGACAUCGCAGAGCUGAUGCUAGACUUCAUUGAGUGGCUGACCCGACAGGAAUUUGGCCGGCGCUGCAUUCUGAGUGUCAGAGACAUCCUCUCAUGGGUUAACUUUCUCAAUGCUGUGUGUGAGCGGGACGAGGACGGUUUCAUGACCAUGGGAGCCCUGGAAGAAGAAGAGGAAGAAGCUGAGUGGGACCUCAGACUGGACACUGUCACCGCCUUCAUCCAUGCCGCAUGCCUGGUCUACAUAGAUGGCAUUGGGUCAGGAACAACAGUAUCCUGUGCAGACAACGCUGGCCUGGCACGUCGCCUGUGCCUGGGCUUCCUGCAACAGCGACUGAGCAAGAUGACUAAGCUGGACCAGGAGAUGCUGGAUGCCCUGAGAGUGUACGACUGCAGCCUGCUGCGAGAACCCCAGUGGGGCGAAGACUUCUUUGGAAUUGACCCCUUCUAUAUUGCCUUAGGGCCUCAGACUGAAAGCCGUAACCUGUCAGACUAUGCGAUCGCAGCGGGCACUACUGCGGUGAACGCCCAAAGGCUUCUGCGGGCACUGAAGCUGCAGAGGCCAGUGCUGCUCGAAGGCUCGCCCGGUGUGGGAAAGACCAGCCUCGUGGCAGCUCUGGCAAAAGCUUCUGGAAACCACCUGGUCAGAAUCAACUUGUCAGAACAAACGGAUGUUACUGACUUGUUUGGGACAGACCUCCCAGUGGAGGGAGGGAAAGGAGGAGAGUUUGCUUGGCGUGAUGGUCCUCUUUUGGCUGCUUUGAAGGCUGGUCACUGGGUUGUCCUGGAUGAGCUGAACCUGGCCUCUCAGUCAGUGUUGGAGGGUCUGAAUGCUUGCUUUGAUCACCGUGCUGAAAUCUACAUUCCUGAACUGGGCAUGAGCUUCCAGGUUCAGCAUGAGAAGACCAAGAUCUUUGGCUGUCAGAACCCCUUCACUCAAGGUGGUGGACGUAAGGGUUUGCCCAAGUCCUUCCUCAACAGAUUCACACAGGUUUUCGUGGACCAGCUCACCAGCAAAGACAUGGAGUUCAUUGGAGACUCUGUUUUCCCCAGCAUUGAUAAGGAGAUUGUUGCUAAAAUGGUGGAGUUCAGUAACAAGCUCGUCCAGGAGGUGUGUGUGGAGAGGGGUUGGGGUCAGAAAGGAAGUCCCUGGGAGUUCAACCUGCGUGACAUGUUCCGCUGGUGUCAGCUGAUGCAGACUGACCAGGCCCCAGGAUUUUUCAACCCAGGUCAGCAUGUAGCCCUGGUAUAUGCUGACAGAAUGAGAACGGAGGCUGACAAGGCUCAGGUCCUGUCUGUGUUCAGGGAGGUAUUUGGGGAGGACUUUGAGCCUUAUUGUGGCUCCAGACAGUUCCACAUAACUCCACUCAACCUGCAGGUGGGCUUUUCUGUACUGCAUCGCAGUGGAGGGGUCCCUGUGGCCUUGGACCCACCACUGUUCAUCACACACCAGUCCUUACGCCCCCUGGAGUCCCUUAUGAAGUGUGUGGAGAUGGGCUGGAUGACCAUACUGGUUGGCCCCACAGCAAGUGGAAAGACCAGCCUGGUGAGACUGCUAGCUUUGCUGACAGGACAUCGCCUCCGGGUCAUGGCCAUGAACAGCGCCAUGGACACCACAGAACUGCUGGGAGGCUUCGAACAGGUGGACAUCAUGAGACCGUGGCAGCAAGUCUUGGAGAGUGUGGACUACAUCGUUGCCAUGGUAAUAAGGCGCGGACUGAUGUCUCUGGAUGUUGGCAUCCAGGACACAGAGUUCCUGCUGCAGACAUGGGGUCUAUUCUGCCAUUGGCUGAAAGAAGAAGGACUGCAAAGAACCGGUGGAACGGUGAACGCAGAGGCACUGAACAAGCUGGAGGUCAUCAUACUCCUCCUGCAGAAACUGAACACGAAGCUCAAAGUGUUCACUGACAUGUCGAAGCUUCAGACGGACUUCACGCUGCUGAAGGAGCGACUGGCUCAGCUGGAGGACGGCUGGACAAACGGAGGCUUUGAGUGGAUGGACGGCAUGCUGGUCCAGGCCCUGCAAGCUGGUGACUGGCUGCUCAUGGAUAAUGUCAACUUCUGCAGUGCUUCUGUCCUGGAUCGUCUCAAUGCGCUGCUGGAACCUGGUGGAUCACUCACAAUCAACGAACGCGGCGUCAUAGACGGGAAAACCCCCAAAAUCACCCCACAUCCUAACUUCAGGUUGUUCCUGACCAUGGACCCUGUGAAUGGAGAGCUUUCCAGAGCCAUGAGGAACAGAGGCGUGGAGGUUUACAUCCCAGGGGAACAUGAGGGGGUCUGCUGGGACUCGUUGGACAUUAAGACCCUGCUUCGCACUUCAGGGGUGAUUGGAGACUGUGUGUGUGAUCUCCUGAUCGAAAUACAUAAAGGCAUCAAGUCUGCCAUCUGGGAUUCCCCUGCUUCGUCGUUGGCCUCCCUCCUUCAUGCCGCCACCCUGCUAUCCUGCCAGCUGCAGAGAGGCGUAGAUCUGCCGAGCGCCCUGCAGCACGCCUGUGGAGAAGCCUACUCCCUUUCCCAGCGCACCAUUGCUAACCAAAGGCAAGCCCAGCAGAUCAUUGAGCAACAGUUAACAAUCCUGGAUACAGAGGACUGGGGCAGUGGGCUGCUCUGUGCUGGAGUUUGGCCUGACAGCUUCCCCUCCUCCCUCCUCUCCACCGAGGAUUCUUGCUUCUCCACCGUCCUCCGAGAUGGACAGGUCCUCUCAUUUUGCCUCAACACCCUCAGCCUGCAGGGCAAGCGGAAUCGCCCUCUAAGACUGAGUGACCUGCAGAGGGCCUUACAAAGCAGUGGUGUCUAUGAAGGUCUGGUGUUCUCUGGUGGAGUGGUAGAUCUAGAAGAAGGAGAUGCUCUGAGGCUGAUCCCCGCCGCAGUAAGACUGGUCACAGAGAGAGCCUCUCAUGGGGACUGGAUCCUCCGCAGUAGCUGGCUCUCACAUCUGGCCAAAAGCUACAAAUAUGCCCCUGAUCCAGCACUGGUCCAGGUGGAGGCGGGAAACAGGGCUCUAAAGGCUGUGUUCAGUGGCAAACUUGCUGCUAAGGGCAAGUCAUUAGCAGAGUUGCUUCAGCCUCACAACAUAGAUGAAUACAGGAUUCUUGUAGAUAUGCGCUGGAACAAGCAGUACCUGGAUAUCUUAGCCAACAAGUGCAACUUUGAGGAUGAGGAGCGAUACAUGGAAUUCCUGGAGGCUCUGAAUGCGGUUGCCAACAGGAUCGUUCUGAUGAUGGACAGAGAGGAGAGGUCCGUCAUCUGCUCCUGUGCCGUCAACCUGUCUGCUCAGAACAGUGCUAUGAGAAUAGCCACAGCCUUCAGUAAAGGGACUGUGGAUAUUGGUCACCUUCCCCACCCAGUGCUGAUGCACCUGCGGACCUUCUUUGACCUGUGGGACUUAUUCACCCUGCAGGCUGUGCAGAACGGACAGCCGUAUAUAUCAGACCACAUCAUGUUUGAGAUCUUGCAGCUGCUGCAGUGGCUUGAUCGUUUCUGGGAUGUGUGCAGCAUGCUGCCGGCCGACUCGCAGGGCAUCUCUGUGCUGUCUCUGCACUGGCAGUGGGUGCAGAAACACCUCAUCCUCCGACUGCCUCAGCUGCUGCUGGGAGACGCUGAUGGCACUCUCGAGGGCCACCAGGAGCUGCAGUCAGUCUCAGCAGCCAUCCAAACUGUACUGUCCACCCCAGUGUCUGUGGCCACAGCUCUGAAGGGCAUUCAGAAAACCCUGGGGAAAGCUCUACCUUACAAGCUGGAGUCUGUGGCUGAGUGUGCAUCUCGGCUCAGGCUCCUGAGUAAAGCUCUGGAUGUGAGUGAUCUGAGGCUGGACGGCACCACGGGUCCGAGGAGGCGAGAGCUGGUCCGGCUCCAGGGUGCUGGACUGGGCCUGGAUGUCAAAGAGAGUCUCCUGGAAGCCUGGGGUCUAGUUCUGCUGGCUAACACCCAGCUGGAUCCGCAGAAAUCUGGGGUGCUGGAAAGGUUGCUUUUGAGUGUGGAGCAGCAGGAGUGUCAGAUGAUGUCCAGAGGCCUCCUGGAGGUCUCUUCCAUGUCAGAGGGGGACGAACCAACAGAUGGGCUCCACCUGGCCAGAGAGGAGGUGCAACAGCUAAGCCGCAGGGCCCAGCUCUGGCCUCUGAUGGAGGAGUUGGCUAUACUCAACCAGCUGCGACUCAGCACAGACCUGCUGUACCUGGCUCUUUCCUCUGGUGACCAGGAAGCUGAGGACUGCUUACGUCGGGAGCUCUCCAGACACCUUCGUUUCUGUCUCCAGUCCACGCCGAUGAAUGUCAGCCAGCUCCAGCUACUGUGGUUCCUGCUCAGCAGUGACAAGCCAGCAGAGGAGCUGUCCUUCGUGUGGUGUGAACUGUUGUCAGAGGCCCUGGCUGCCCUGUGGACCUGCAGUGUGACCUCAGACACUGACCGCUGGCUAAAAUGGGAGCCUCUGAGUCCUGAAACUCAACCAAGACCAAAACUACACCAGGGAGCAGAUAACGUGGGUCCAGCCUUGCUCAGUAAGGCAGUGUGGUCACAUUGCAUGCUGGGGGUGCUUAGCAGUGGUCACACUGGUGGUCGUCAGGAUCCGUCAGGAGCAGCCCUCUUUGCCCUCUCCAGUGUCACCCUUGAGGAGUGGAAAGAGAGAAUCCAGCAGCUCCAAGACGUUUCUGCUGUGUUGUGGGACAAUAUGGCCUUCCAUGCCCUGGCGGAAUUCAGGGGUACAGACUUCAGGCUCCAGGGUGCAGUUCUGCGUCGGCAGCUCCAGAGCAUGGCCGAUCUGCUGCCACCCAGCCUGCAGGAGGGCUUCAUGGAGAGCUGUGAGAGCCUCGUGGAAGACCCCGACCCUCUCAUUGCUGCUCAGGAGAUCCAAACAGUCUUCAGGGACUUCCUGCCUCGAAACCUGCUCCCAGACAGCCUGGUGGAUGUCUGCAUCACCUGCCUGCAGCAGUAUGUCCAAAGCAAAGUCCAGGGCUCCAGCACGUUGUCUCGCUCUGGAGUCUUCUGGGUCAACAUGGGCCUUUUGCAGAUCAAAAUGUGGACACCGCAGACCAUCUUUGACCCAGCUGUCAAAAGGGCCUACAAACUCAACUACGCUCAGCAGGAGCUAGCCCUACUGCAGGAGGAGUGGAGAGGGCGGAGCCUGUCAUCUCAGCUGAUGACCGGAGCAGAGCUGGAAGAGAGCAGCACCACUGAUGGCUUCCAGCAUCCUCGAAUCAGGUAUCUGUGGAUCCGCAUGCAGCAAGUGAAGGAGCAGAUAGCCGAGCUGUCCAGGAAGCAGGCCUGUCGCCCUCGUGAAGCCCAGUAUGGUCGACUCUUCCAGGAGCUCCAGCAUUACCUCUGCAGUAUUGGCCAGACGUCAGCUGUGGAGGACUUGUUGUCCCACCUGCUGAAGGCUCUGCAGGGGUCUUCCUCCAGAUCCAGAUCAGCAAUCCAGGCCCUCUUGAAGGAGGAGGCUGUGUGGCAGAACUCCCAGCAGCGCUUCUGUCAGAGGCUUCUGGAGGACUACCCACUGUACCCUGAUGUAGUUGGGCCAGUGAGAACCGGUAUUCUCCAGCUUCGUUAUGGCAUGAGGCUGGUGGCCUCCCAGGUGGCCAGCUCGCUCACUCCUGUGCCUGGUCUUCCGAAACUGGUGUCCUGCCUGCUGGCCUUCCCUUCCAUGUCCCCCAUCCUGCCGUCCUACCUGGCCCGGGCAGACUUUCUGUGCACCAGGACUUGUAAGGACAUUCUGGGCAGCCUGGUGAAGCUUCUGCCUCAGCAGGAUGUUGAGCAUGUGCUCCCACGGUCUUCCACCCUGCUCCUCAAUGCUCUACUUUAUGUACAGUGCCACACACUGUCCACAGGAGUGUUCAGCCAGGAUGCGUGCACCCUCUUCAGACACAUCUGUCAGGCUCUGGUGAACGAGUGGGAUGAACAGGAAAGGCUGAAGAGGGAGCGGGAGCAAAUGGAAGCCAGCCUGUACUGCAGCCGCAGCCAACUACAUGGCUCAGGACUGACCGAGGACGAGCAGGAUGAGAGGGACUUCAGGAAGCAGUUUCCUCUGUUCAGCAAGGACUUUGAAGACAUCAUGUCCCAGCCAACUCUGGAAGGUCCAGCAGACAAGGAGCUGGAGGGGAAGGAAGACAAAUCCCAGGAGCAGUCUCAUGAGACGGGCUCCCUGUGUCCGGCUGACAUGAACACAGUGGUCCAGGUGCACCAGCAACUGUGUCUGGGAUAUGGCAAGUCACUGUGGUUCCAGAGCACAGCACCAGCCAAUCGCAGCAAAGAACACAUCAAAGCUCUGGUCUCCUCCUUCCAGAUCGCUUCCCCUGUGAUAUCGCAUUUCUAUCAUCUGAUUGAUUCAGAACUGGAUCCACAGCUGACUGGCAGCAAAUUGCUGCUCUCGGCACUGCUGCAGAACACCGUGCACGGCUCAGGGGGUGUCGAUGGCCUGGCUGUCACACCCGAAGGGCCGUAUGACUUCUACAAAGAGCCCAACAUGAGCGAGGCCCGGCUUGGUCUUCCUGUUCUGCAACAACUGUGUGUGGCAGUAAAGCAGAGACUAGAGGACUGGCCAGAGCACCCUGUUCUUGUAGAGCUGAUUGUGGUGAUCGAGAGGAUCUUGGCUUUCAGUCUAGCCAGCCCACUGGCCAAGUUUCUGAAUGGUCUGGAGAUCUUGCUCAGUAAAGCACAGGACUGGGAGAAUAACGCUAGCCGCUCAGUCUCUCUGCGGAAGGAGCUGGAACCGGUCACACAGCUCAUUAUCCAGUGGCGCAAACUCGAGCUCAAUUGUUGGUCAAGCAGUCUGGACAACGCUAUGAAGCGGCACACUGAGAAAUCCACCCACCACUGGUUCUCUAUCUACCAGCUGGUUGAGAAGUAUCUGGAGGAACAAAGGGGCGAUGCUGUUACAGGUGAGGAGGUGGAAUGCCUCUCCCUGUCCUCAGUGUCUGCCACGCUACGCAGCUUCAUGGAGAGCUCCACCCUGGGCGAGUUCCACACACGCCUGGCCAUGCUGCUCAGUUUCCACUGCCACGUCCUGCUGGUCCCCAACCAGCCCGGACAAGAGCCUCUGUCCAGUCUUCUGUGGAACCUGCACAAAUAUUACAGCCAAUUCUCUGAAUGCAUUCAGACCAAGAUCACUCAGCUCCGACAGCCCAUUGAGAAGGAGCUCAAGGACUUUGUCAAGAUCUCCAAGUGGAAUGAUGUCAGUUUCUGGUCCAUCAAACAGUCUGUGGAGAAGACACAUCGCACUCUUUUCAAGUUUGUCAAGAAGUUUGAAGAGGCUCUCAGUGGUCCAAGCGUUCCUGCUCUAGUGGAACAGGGAACUGACGCAAGCUUGGACAGCGUGGACACCAACCCAGAGGAAACUCCUAUCCAUCGGGUUCACCGGGCUCUAAAGAGCACCCUGCCUGGAAAGGGCAAAGAUCUGCGGGUACAGAACGAGAGCCCAGAAGAAGGGGUCGAAGCGUCCUCUCUUCAGGGACGCCUGCCUCAUCUGUCCAGGAAAAUGAAGAAGCUCUGCAUUCAGCUGGUGAAGAAAAACCCAGCGCCCGAACUGGCUGAAGACCUGGACUACUUCACCGGCGAGGUCAUCAGCAACCUGCGGGAUCUUCAGAGCCUCACUGUCGACACGUCAGCAGAAAAAGAGAAGCAGAAGGCUGAGGUCAAGCACAUCCUUCAGCAGAAGCAGAGAGCUUUGUCUGACCUGUUCAAGAUGCUCUCAGAAAUAGGUCUGUCGUACCGCAAAGGCCUGGUGUGGAACAGGACAGAAGACCCAGAAAAAACCCUGUGUAUGCUUCCACUCGAGAUGACCACCGCGCUCUCUGCUGUCAAGAAACAAAAGCAGGCUGAGAGCAUGUUGUUUACAGAGUUGUUGACUGCAUGGGAUGGAUGUCAGAAGUACUUCUACCGGUCGUGGGCUAGGGUAAUGGCCCAGCAUACUGCUCUCCAGCACUCCGCCAAGGAGCUGGGUCUGGGGAACAUAGAGCGUUGCAGAGGGUUUACCUCCCACCUUUUCAAGCUGCUCCUCAGGCAGAGGCAACGACUGGCCAAGCUCACCGAGCAGUGGGUUCAUCUCAGGAGUCUAACAAACAAUGUCCAGGACAUCAAGCUCCACAUCCAGAGCCACAGUGAAGACCAGGACUGCCUCCUCCCACCCCAGGCCUCUCUCCAGGACUGGGUAUUAAGAGGCCAGGUACUGGCAGCCCAGUGUACCACCCUGUUCCAGCAGUUGGCCUGGCUGCUGCAGUGUUGUCCUGAAGACCCACAGAAGAAGGAAGAGGAGGCUAGUAGCUGCAAGCAGCACACCCUGAGAUGCCCUUCCCCACUGGCAGCCCAACGCCAACCCCCAGGCUGCCUGAUGAGGAGGGGGGACGCCGCUUGGUGCCAGCUCUACCAGCAUGUCACUGGAAUGCUGAAGCAGAGCGAGAGCCUGAAGAUGGAGUUGGACUCUGUGGCACGUCAGGCCUCGGAGAGCGUACUCUACACAUGGAGCUACUUUACUACUUGCUGCGUUUCUUAUGAUCGGCUAGAGGCCGUGGUGGCACAGAUUCCCACAGUGGAGCAGCUCUUUACCCCGGCCAUGUGUGUCGGCAGUGCAGACAGCCAGCCAGCCAUAACCAAGAGCUUGCAAUAUGUCAGAGGACAAGUGCAGGCUGACAUCACCGAGUUCACAGCCUGGAAGACCCAGCUGCUCUCACUGGGACACCAUCACACAGAUCAGCAGUCUGCCUUCUGUUCCGAGUUCUCUGUCGAGAUGGAGGCAAACAUCAACACAGUGCUGUGUGCUGUCCAGACACUUGUGAAGAGAAAGGAGGGGAAGGAGCAGCAGGGAGAGGGGGACGUCAAGAGAGAGAGCGCUGAAGAAGAGGAGGACGAGACUGAGGAGGCAACAGAGGACCUGCUGAAGCCUGGUCACCUGACUCGACUCCUGGAGGAGGAGCUGGAAGCUGAGGUGGAGGCUCUUUGUCUGGGAGAUAUUACUGCUGGGCUGAAGAGGCUGCUGAGCUGCCUGAAGACAAGAAGAGACUCCUGUCAGCCACUGCAGCUCAAGGAGAUAAACAGAGCAUGCAGGAUGUUGGUGUGUCUGGAGCCUUUGCUGGAUAUCUACUCCGACCUGGUACGUUACUACCUGGCUGUGUCACUGGGAGCACAUAGGAGCACAGGCAAACUGCUGUCUGUUCUGGCCAGCAUCUUCACAGAGCUCGCUCAGAAGGGUUUCUGCCUGCCUCAAGAACUGAUGGCUGGUGGAGACGGAGAAGGAGCCACGGAGUUUCACGAUUACGAGGGAGGUGGCAUAGGAGAGGGUGAGGGCACCAAAGAUGUCAGUGACAAGAUCGAGAAUGAAGACCAGGUGGAGGACACUUUGCAAGAGGGUCAAGAAAAAGAAGAACAGCAACAAAAAGACAACAUCAAGUCAGAAGACAACGCCAUUGAGAUGUCAGAGGACUUUGACGGCCAGAUGCACGAUGGGGAUGAGAAAGAACCUGGUGAUGAUGAAGAGUCGGAGAAAGAGGACGAGGAGGAGCUGGACAAAAAGAUGGGUGACUUGGGAGAAGGCCACACAGAGACUCUUGAUGAGAGGAUGUGGGGUGAUGAUGAUGAUGAGGAGCAUGAAGGAAGUGACGAGGAGGAGUCUGGCCAGGGCAUGGACCAGGGUGAAUCAGAGCUAGUAGCCAAAGAUGACAACCUGGAUGCGGCAGACCCCAGUAAGGACAAGAAGAAUCAGGACAAAGAUGAACAGAUGGACGAGGAGAAGACAGACAAGAUCAAUGAACAAGGAGAUGAGAGGGAGUUUGACGAGAAUGAGGUGGACCCAUACCAUGGUCAGCAGGACAAGAGGUGCGAACCCGAGUCCAUGGAUCUGCCAGAGGAUCUCAACCUGGACCAGGAUGACGAUGAGGCUGGAGAUGAUGGGGAGGGCGAGGGUGAAGAGGAAAAUCCAUUCGAGAUUGAUGACAAAGCCAUGGAGCUGGAUGAAAAAGAGGAUGGACAGAAAGAUGACCAGGAGGAGGAGCAGGGGGCAGAGAUGAUGGAAGAUAACCAACCCGGAGAGGAAAACGAUCAGGAGUCCCAAACUGAGGAGGAGAAGGGGGAGGAAGGAGACAAGAAACAGGAGGGGGAGGAAGAGUCUGCUGAAAAAGACGAAAGGAAGGAAGAGGAAGAGGAAGAGGAAAAGGGACAGGAGGCAGGAAAAGAUGACGCUAUGACUGUACCAAAUGAAGACCACAAACCAAAGGAGGAGGAGGAGGAGGAGAAGGAAGGUGGGGAUGAGGAUGGUGAACAACCAGAGUCAGCUGAGAGGAAGGAGCACAAUAGAGACGGUCAGACUGGAGAAGAAAACAUUCAGAGUGACACAGCGGUGGAGCUGGCUGGAGAAGCAUCAGAGAGAGACCAGGCUAAAGAGGAGCAUGGCAGUGGAGCGGCUGAUGCUAGCCAAUCUGAGGGCCACCAGUCAAAACUGACAGCAAGGAUGGCUUCAGAGAGACAGACUCGUAGCCAGACUCAGAGCUUCAAGAGAAAGCCUGGCCAAGCAGACAAUGAGCGCUCGACGGGCGACUACAACGAGCGCAUUAACAAGCGUCUGCGGACAGUGGAGCGAAGCAACGAUCGCACCGAGGACCACAGGCAGAGCGAUGCCCAGCGGGAGUCUGACCUCUAUGAACACAUCAAGCAGGGAGACACAGCCUAUGACGCGCAGACUUAUGAUGUUGCCAGUGCAGAUCAGGAGAAAGCAGCAGGCCCUCAACAGGACCAAGAUGAAGAGCCAAAUGAAGAUGUUGCUAUGGAAACAGAGGGCCAGGAAGAGGAGCUCCAAGCCGCUGAGGUGCAGGAGCUAAAUCCCGAGCAGCUGGACUCUUCCAAGCCAUCUCAGAAAGGUGUAGAUGGUGAAGAGAUGGAGGUGCAGAGGCAAACAGAGGAGGAGGAUCAGGAGGGAUGGAAGGACAGACAACAAACCAGAGAAGAAGACAGAGCAAACAGAAGCACAGAAUCCACCAUCCACACGGUUCCUGAGAUGCUGCUUAACGCCAUGCAGAAAACAGAGAGAGACCCGGAAGAGAUCAGGAGGGAGAUGGAGAAGCAGCUGGAGGCCUGGCACAAACUGACUCCAGGGAAUCAGGAAGAGGAGAGUGCAGCAGCUUCCAUGUGGCAUCAGUACCAGACUCUGACCUCGGCCCUCUCCCAGCAGCUGUGUGAGCAGCUCCGCCUCAUCCUCGAGCCCACGCAGGCCGCCAAACUCAAAGGGGAUUACCGCACAGGGAAGCGUCUUAACAUGAGGAAGGUGAUCCCCUACAUCGCCAGUCAGUUCCGCAAAGACAAGAUCUGGCUGAGGAGGACCAAGCCCAGCAAGAGAGAGUACCAGAUCUGUUUGGCUGUGGAUGACUCCUCCAGCAUGGUGGACAAUCACUCUAAACAGCUGGCAUUUGAAUCUCUGUCAGUGAUCAUCAAUGCCCUCACCCUGCUGGAGGUGGGACAGGUGUCUGUGUGCAGUUUUGGCGAGCAGGUGCAACUGCUGCAUCCCUUCCAGCAGCAGUUCAACGACGAGUCGGGGGCUCGGAUCCUCAGACUCUGUCAGUUCCAGCAGAAGAAGACCAGGAUAGCACAGUUUUUGGAGACCUCAACAAACAUGUUUCUGGGAGCACGCUCACAGAUUCCAGGAGCUCUGAAUUCAGACACAGCCCAGCUGCUGGUAAUCGUGUCUGACGGCAGAGGGUUGUUCCUGGAGGGGAAGGAGCGGGUGAUGGCAGCCGUGCAGGCGGCACGCAGCGCGAAUGUCUUCGUCAUCUUUGUCGUGUUAGACAACCCCAACUCCCGGGACUCCAUCUUGGACAUCAAGGUGCCCAUAUUCAAAGGGCCAGGAGAACUGCCGGAGAUCCGCUCCUACAUGGAAGAGUUCCCCUUCCCUUUCUACGUUAUCCUGCGAGACGUGAAUGCCUUGCCGGAGACCCUCAGUGACGCUCUCAGGCAGUGGUUUGAACUCGUCACAGCCGUGGACCAGUAGCUCAAGUGAGAGAGCGCUCCUCAGAGGAAUGGAGAAACGGGCAGCAGCCAACUGCACAAUGCCAUUCUGCUGCUAGCCUCUCAUCCACAACUCCAAAAAAAAACAAAAAAAAACAAAAAAAAAAAAGACUGAAAUAAGAUGGACUUCCUGCUGUACAUGUGCCUUUAUUUUCUUAUUUUUACUGUAGAGUUUGAUAGCAACCUUUGCUGUUUUGACUUCAUCAGGGGGUUUCAGUUUCUUUUGUAAUAUAACGAGGAUCGCUUUGACCUGCACGUUAUGAAAUAAUAGGAACAAAAAUGUGAUUUCCCUGCGUGUGAUACGCCUCAGUGAAGUGUCAGUAAAUACCUCUGUUUCCAGUGUACAAUAGCCCCGAUUCACGUUCAUGUGGAUGUUUUAUUCAGUGUUACAAAGACCAUCGAGUCAUUCAUUGUCCGUGUGAACACAGCAGCAGAUGUGCAGGGCUGCAGAGCUUUGAGAAAAAGAACCCUUCCUGACAUCUCGGUCAAACAGUCAUGUGUUGUGACCGGCGAUUUGGGAGGAACUCAAAAUUGUGCCUUGAAUGAAAGUAUCGCAUAUCACUCCACACCUGAACCAGCUAUUUUUGAGGUGACGGGUCAGAGGCGGGGCCCUGGCUCCGUCUGUCAGGAUUUUUACAAAUUCACAUCUCAUGCAUUUUGGACUGCAGUAGCCGUGGAGUCCAGUUUUGAUAAACACCCACGCAAAAUCAAGUUCUGUGGUUUAGACAUAACUGCUGUGUUCAUGUUCCAUCCAUGUCGUGUGUCACAGCUCAUCAUUCUCUAUCAGAACAUAUUGAUGACAUACAUAGUGUUGUGGCCUUGUGUCAUGUUUAAGAUGUUAAUGGAAUCCCUCUCUUAAAUGGUGACAUGAAUGAUCCUGACAAUAAACGGUUUAUAAUGCGACUCUGUCUCUGGUGAUUAACCCAAUAUCACCCAGUAGGUGUACGCACCUAACACUGCAACAAAUCUCCCUUUACCGUUCUGUUUGUUGAUACAGUGGGUAUAAAACAUCUAGGCACCGCUGUUAAUCAUCAGGCUUUUGUCAAGUUAAAAAACACACUUUUGUUGAAUGGAAAAUAUUCCCAAAUCAAUUCUACAACCACGAUAACUACUAACUACUGUAACCACUUACUACUGUUUGUUACCAAUUUAAAUUUAAUUUUUAGAUUUUAUUUUUAUGCUUAAACCUUCAUAAAGAGUGGACUCCCUGUUUUAGCCGCAAAAUCACACGUGUCAAACAGACAGCCGACUUGCCAGAAGGUCCAACCUGUAUAACAACUACACAGAAGACAUUAAAGUUAAUAUGCAGCUCUGCAACUACAUAAAUAACAACUACCAUUCCUACGUUGUCCACUAGGGAUCACUGUUUCAGUCAGGGAAACUGCACUGGUUCUCAGCAAGAAGGUUCGGGGUUCAAAUUCAGCAACGCAGCCCUUCCACAACACAAAUGCAACCAGUGUAUUGGUCUUUCGAUGGUUAUCGUAAAACGUGAGCAGAUGAUGGGAGGUGAAGCUCCCAUCAGAGUCAGUAAUACAAUUUAGGUUCAUUAAAUGAAUUAUUAAUAAUUUCAGUUAAAAACUAUGAAUAACGCAUGUUUAAAAUAGGGAAUAUAUUUUUGUUGUUUUACAGAGUGCAAUGAAUGUUUGCCAAUUUCAGAGAUGACAGGUUUAGUUUUUUGACACGCCUUACCUGCACCAAGUACAGCAGAGAUCAGUAACAAGUUUGAUAUGAAGGCAGAUGAUGAAAGACGAAUUAAGUUUCCUUAACUCCAAA